AUGAUCGCUACCAAGUUGACAGCCGUUGGCGUCUUUCUGGCAACUGUCCAUGCCCAGAUCCAGUACCCCAACGAAGACCUCAUCCUUGCAGACUGUGGCAUUGGUGACAACAAAGAUCACCCCAAAUGGUCUACUUCUCGCCAGGUGAACUGGUAUCAAGAUAUCCAGUGGCCUCAAGACACCUCCAAGUUUCCCGCUGCACCCAAUCUGGCCGUCGAAGUCCCUUACAGCAACGGACGGUACCCCUGGACUCGCCAGGGAACUACUGUCAAGCUUUCCAACGGCGUUGUUUGGUCAGCCUUCAUCGAAGAUAGCAUGCCCGACGGCUUCAAAGCUGGAUAUGCUGUUACCACAAAGGAGGGUGGCCAACAGCUCAACUGCUGGGCUUACCGUGGCCGUCCUGUUAGUGCUGCUCUCAACAAGACGGUCAACCCCGAUGCUGUUUGCUUGACUGCCUUUGUCUGCAACCGCGAUAAUGCACCUCCUGCUCGUCCUAGCGGCAUGGGUUCUCCCACUUCUACCCUGCUGACCUCCUCUGCCCCUCCUGCUACCACUUUCAUCUCACAACCACCCGCGACACCUACCUCUACUGGUGGCAACCCAAGUCCUCCUAUCGACCCCAACGCUGGAAAGCUAUUUGUGUCCACCCUUGUCAGCCCACGCUUCAUCAACUGGCCCAACACUUGGCAAGCCUUUAUCGAGAAGUUCUCCUGGGAUCGAAAGUCCGGGAAGUGCGUGGGCCAACCUGUUAAGGGGGAUGGGUACACCAUCAACAUCGACUGUGCUGGUAUCCAGGUUGAUUCAGACUCCCAUCUGACUCUGAUUCUGAUCAAGGCUCUCCAUGACCUUGGCAUGAACAGCACUUUCUUCAACCAGAGCCCAGUCGUACCAGGAAAGCGCAACGCCACUUCGGAGCAUUGGAUCGUUAUGCCUGAGGCUUUUAGUUUCCAGGCUAUUGACGUCGCUCAUCAAGACGUUGUUGGUUAUCUCAGUUACAACACAACCUACGACAACUUCUUUACUGGCCCAUGCUCGACUUGUGACCCUACAAAGUUCAACAAACAGUUCUUUGACCCUAUUCUGGCAGCGAUCAAGGGAACUUUCCCUCUUUUCAAUAGCUACAAUGUCCAGGCUCAAUGCAGCCCAUGGAUGGCCUGUGUUUAA